AUGAAAUGUCUUGUACAAGAUGGUGAGGCACUCUCAGCGGGAGCAGCGCCGUUUACAGGCCACCAGUGCGUUGAUGAUUGUGAGGAUGAUGCUUAUCAUAAAGCCAAGGCGGAUCCAGCCCAGGGCGUGGUUCCGGGGUCGUGUGACUCUGUGAUGAAGCACGAACGCUUCGGGAAACGCGUCGACGAGGGUGUGGAAUGGUAUGAGCUGGCGGGUAUGGAUGAGGAUCAGGAGAAGGAGAUCGGGAUGGGUGAAAGAGAAGAUGGCGAUGAUGCAGGGAGAGUGAGUCCCUGGGUUGUUUAG